CCCACGGACCUUUUCCAGCGCCCAACUCCGCCCCGACGUGCACGUGACCCGGGUCACAUGACGCGGAGCCUCGGCUAAACCUCCUGCUUCCCAGCGCCUGGCUAAACGGAGCGAGGCUAGCUGUUAGCUUCAACCGACGGCCGAGAUGAGUUUCCUAGGAGGAUUGUUUGGGCCGCUGUGUGAGAUAGACGUACUGCUGAAUGAUGCAGAGAGCAGAAAGACGGCUGAGUUGAAGACAGAAGAUGGGAAAGUGGAGAAACACUACCUGUUUUAUGAUGGCGAGUCUGUGUCUGGCAAGGUGAAUCUCAAUGUGAAACAGGGAGGAAAGCGACUCGAGCAUCAGGGAAUUCGCAUCGAGUUCGUGGGACAGAUAGAGCUUUUCUCUGAUAAAAGCAACACUCAUGAGUUUGUGGACUUGGUCAAAGAGUUGGCGCUUCCUGGAGAACUGACCCAGAACAGAAGCUAUGACUUUGAAUUCAUGCAGGUGGAGAAGCCCUACGAGUCCUACAUGGGGGCAAACGUCAGGCUAAGGUAUUUCCUCAGGGUGACAAUAGUUCGUCGUCUGUCUGACCUAGUGAAGGAAUAUGAGUUAAUUGUUCACCAGUUAGCGACCUACCCAGAUGUCAACAACUCAAUCAAGAUGGAAGUUGGCAUAGAAGACUGCCUUCACAUCGAGUUUGAAUACAAUAAGUCCAAGUACCACCUUAAAGAUGUGAUUGUUGGGAAGAUUUACUUCCUGCUGGUCAGGAUCAAGAUCCAACACAUGGAGUUACAGCUCAUCAAAAAGGAAAUAACAGGCAUAGGUCCCAGUACAACAACUGAGACAGAAACGGUUGCAAAAUAUGAGAUCAUGGAUGGCGCUCCAGUUAAAGGAGAAUCAAUCCCCAUCAGACUGUUUCUAGCAGGAUAUGACUUGACACCCACCAUGAGGGAUGUUAACAAAAAGUUCUCUGUGCGCUAUUUCCUUAAUCUGGUGCUGGUGGAUGAAGAGGACAGAAGAUACUUUAAACAACAGGAAAUUGUUUUGUGGCGAAAAGCUCCAGAGAAGCUGAGGAAAAGAAACUUCCACCAGCGCUAUGAGUCGCCAGAGUCCAGAAGCCCGCCAGCCAAUGCAGAGCAGCCAGAGAUGUGAGAGCGAUGCUAUGAACUGAAAGCACACAGACACACCCCAACUCUUCACUGCUGAACAGCCAGGGGUGCGACGGUGGCCCCGCUCUCUCUGGACUGAGACACGUCUGUAUACAUGAAUACACAUAACAUACCUUCAGGCAUCCCCCUCACCUCAUCACAGCUCCGGGUCGGAGCUAUUCUCGCCCUUCUUCCCUCUGGAUGGAAACACACCGGUCUGCUGAAUGCCACAUGUCAAGUGCAAAUCAAACUGAUUCGAAUAAGAAGCAAAAUUGUUGAUCCGGCGUUUGAAACUGGAGCACAUUGGUGCACACACACAAGUGAAGCCAUACGUCUUAGUUUGGCGAGUCUGUAGUAAAACAAGAGCAAAAGCAGAAAAGAGGCGACGGCCUCAGGCAAAUAUUCCAAUACAUUAUUUAUCCCUUUGCUCUGCAGCAGGAGUCUUUCUGCAUCGUUCCUCACACUUUGCUGCAGAGUGACACAAAGUGAUUAAAAGUAUUCGGCGUGAAAGGAGGAUAUGCCGUUAGCAAACGCUGCCUGUGUUUGAGCUACAAUGAUGUCACUGUGCUCUCCUUCACCCAUCACAACUGUCUUCAAGUCCGUCGCAACAAUCCUCAGGCUCCACUUUUCAAGAUGUCUGUUCAUUUAGUGAGGGUGUAUCGCUACAAACGUCAAACCAUUUUCACACUCGGACAAAACUUAACACUUAGUAUGUGUUUGAGCAGAGAUGGUUAUUAUCGUUUCAGGGUCGUUUUAUUUCAUUAUUUAAUUGCCAGCGUCAAAUUGUAAACCUGCUACUAAUUCAUGUUCUGUAUUAAAUAUCAACUAGUUGUCUACAAAAAAGUUAAAUUGAACAAUCAGUUGUCUAGAAUUCAAGGUGACGAUUUACAAUUAAGAGAACGACGCAACAAAUAACUCGAGACAGGAGGUAGAAGAAACUGGUUUCCUUUUGACAACAAUCUAAGGAAACAGCAGCCAAAUGAAGCCACAGCAACUAUUUCGUCAAACACAGGUUUACACUCAAACAUUUCAGUUUUUAAUAUGAUUGAAUUAUUUUUGGCUGAGGUUUGUCAGUUAAACUACAAUAUAUUUAAAGUUUAAUUUGAAUGACUCACUUGUGUUUUUCAAACCCAAGAUGUUAUUCUUUGUUUGAAGGUGUGAGUUUAUUUAUAAUCUUGAGAUUUUUACUAAAAAAACAUUUUGUCUUCCAAAUUUAUUUUAAAUGUUGGUUCACCCAAGUUAUAGAAAAGAGUGGAAUUAUGUUUCAGUGCAUUUAGCCCCAUGUGGGGAAUUAAAUGUAUGUCCAUUUUAUUGCACCAGGAUAAAAAUCCUAUGGGCUAAAUAUGUAAUUUGUUUGCUAAAUGCUUCAUACAGAUGUUUCUACUGGAAAUUCAAAGUCCAAUUAUCAACACACAACGGUUUUUAUUUACCAGUAUAUUUUGAUUUUCUCGGUUGUGACUUUUGCCUUCGGUAAUGGCAUUGGUUGAGCCUGUUGGUCUGGUAGAUUUAGGAAACCAAUGUCUGCUGGAAGCGGUACAGUAUACAUACUGUAAAAAAAAACAACAAUGUUCCACUGUGAUGCUCAGACCGGCAGUUAAGGUCCUGCUUUAGAGACGCGCACAGAGUUUGGUCAUGUUACCAGCCCAUGUCGGGUGAAUUUGCUCUAAGCACUGAUCUGUGGUCAGUUUUGCACUUUUCCCCACAGAACUUUAUAAAGAGGAAUUUGAAAUGAAAUCUGAAUCAAGGAGAGUUUCACCUCUGAGAUGUCCUGUGUCUGUAAUAGGCGUUGUGUCCUUUAUACAGUAUCACUACCUGAUUUACAAUGUGUUUCUGUUUGUGCCGUGUGCAACUCAUGGCACCGUGCGAAAAUGUCUGAACACUUGGAUCCAAAAUUAAGUUUCUCAACUCCUUCACACUACUGUUGACCUACAUUUUAGUUUUGCCUUGUUUGGAAACUGUAAUUUAUUUGCUUUGUUUCUCUGACAGAUCUAUUUUCUGUAUUUCUGAUGCUGUACAGGUGGGGUUUGUUUGGUGUACUUUAAAUACCUUUUUAAGGUAACAAAGAAACACUUAAAUGCCAAAACUCUCUGCCCGUCUUAUCUACUGCAUGUUAGUCUUUACACGAUGUCUAAUCAUGCCAUGAACGUGUGAUGUGUGUGAGAUAAAAUGUGUAUGUACAUACACAAAACACAAAUGUAUAGCAAAGAUGAAUAGUCAAUAAAGCAAAUUUCUACUGAA